AUGGAUAAAAAACUCUAAGCUUUAGGAAUAAUUUGUAUUAUUAAUCUUCUGAAUUUCGUAUCGAUUAAAGGAGAAGUUUAUCUAUAGAGCCAAGAUAUUCCUGAAGAAGAAAUAAGCCAUAAGAGUAGCUAAAUAUAUAUUUUAUAGCUUUUCAAGAACGAAAAUGAGCAAUAUUAUGUGAAAGGCUUUGACGUGGGCCAGCAGUAGCUUAUUAGAAUGAUGGUUGAUAUUAAUUCAAGCUUCAACAUUAUUAGCAAUUCUACUUUGUUUAAUGAAAUUCAAGCGAAUACCACUCAUAUUAACUCAACUGACAUUCCCUAUAUGAAACAUAUUUACAAAUAAGAUUUCAAAGUUGGAAAAACCCUUGAGAUUGAUUUCUUUAGAUAAAAUAAGACAAACGUUAUUGAUAUCCUUUAUACUAAUUACCCUUUAUCUUUCUAAGGCAUAAAAAUAGAUGGAAUAUUAGGAUUUUCCAGGGCGAAUUUUGAAAAAAAUUUGAUUUUCAAAAGACUACCUCAUAGUAAUCAUCAAAAAAAAUAUAAAAAUAUUCUAGCUUCUGAUAAUUUCAAGACAUUUUAAGAUGAUAUAUACGAAAAUUUUAAUGUUGCAAAGAAAAUAUUCUCAAUAUAUUUGAGUCCUGAGAGCGCUGAGCACUAUUCUUACAUAAUAGUCGGGGAAUUUGAAGCUAAUAUAUUCAAAAGAAGGACACUCAUUAGUACCUAUUCUACUAGAGAUUAUGCGUGGAGCUUUUUCAUAGAGUAUCUGGAAAUGGGAUCGGUCUAAAUUUAGUUCCCAAAAAGAUAAGACACAUUUAUUUCUUUGAUUCAUAAUUACAUAGGGAUAAGUCUUAAAUCCUUUGAGCUAAUAAAAAAUGCACUCAUGCAAAACUGCAACGUUGUUUCUACAAGUGUGAACAAUGAAGGAUUCCUAGAAUUCCAGUUAAACGUAGAUUCUCAAUAGUACAGAGAACAUUCAAUUCUAAGAGUCCACUUAAGUAAAUCAAUGUACUUUGAUAUGGUGGAAAAGGUUUAUUUACGCUAAUGCCUGCUAUCUGUAUAAGAUAUGCUCAUAACAUGCUAGACCAAAAUAAAACUCUUAGAAGAAAAAGAUUUAGAUGAUGUAAUAAUAUUGGGUACACCAUUCCUGCAGUAUUAUUACUCUGUUUAUAACUAAGAAACUAAUAGAAUUACAAUUGGAAUGGCCAAUUUUUCAGAUCUAGAGGUUGCCCAAGCUAAAUUCUGGUAUUACAUCUUUGUCCUUCUUAUCUUUCUAUUUGCUAUUUUACUGAUAUCAAUUGGAAUUUUUUACAAAGAAGAAUUUUCUAAUCUAGUCUUAAUUGUAAAAAACACUAUCAGAUAUAUCUGCUGCAGAGAUUAAUAAUCCCGAUUAGAGUUACUAAAUAUUGCGAACAAUUGA